CAACCGUGUCUCCAAACGCGUGGCGCUGUCUUAUUUUAUGUUUAACUGCAACACACACAACACAUACAAACUUGUGACCCAUUUUCUUGAAACCCCAGUUGCCAAUCUUCCCUAAACUCCCCCAAAAAAUGGACUUAAGACAAUCAAUCAAGAACCAAACUGAUGUCUCCCUCACACUUGCAAAACACAUACUACUAAACAACAAUAACAGCCACUCAAACACUGUCUUCUCCCCUCUUUCUGUUCAUGUAGUUCUUGGUCUGAUCACAGCUGGAUCAUCUGCACAGACCCAAAAGCAGCUUCUGUCUUUUCUUAAAGCUGGGUCAAGUGAUGAUCUUAAUUCUUUGUCUGGGCAGUUGGUUGAUCUUGUGUUUGCUGAUGGGUCUGGGUCUGGUGGGCCUUGUGUGAGUUUUGCUAAUGGGGUCUGGAUUGAUGAGUCUCUUGCUCUUAAGCCCUUGUUUAAACAGGUGGUGGAAGGGGUGUAUAAGGCUGCUUCUCUUCAUGUUGAUUUUCAGACCAAGGCUACUGAAGUGACCAAUUCAGUGAACUCGUGGGCUGAAAAGAAGACCAAUGGCCUUAUCAAAGAGAUUCUUCCUUCUGGAUCAGUUGACAGCUCAACUAGGCUUGUUUUUGCCAACGCCCUCUAUUUUAAAGGAGCAUGGACUGACAAGUUUGAUGCAUCCACUACUAAAGAGGAUGAGUUUCACCUCCUCGAUGGUAGCUCAAUUCAAGUUCCCUUCAUGACCAGCAAGAAAAAGCAAUUGAUCAGCGCAUUUGAUGGUUUCAAAGUGUUGGGGCUUCCUUAUAAACAAGGAGGUGACAAACGCCAAUUUUCCAUGUACUUCUUUCUUCCAGAUGCAAAAGAUGGGUUGCCGAAAUUAGUGGAGGAAGUUGGUUCAGUAGCUGGAUUCCUCGAGCGCCAUAUUCCAUACCAGAAAGUAGAAGUUGGCGACUUCCGCAUUCCCAAAUUCAAAAUCUCAUUUGGCUUCGAAGCAUCGGAAGUCUUAAAGGAACUAGGGCUGGUUUUGCCCUUCUCCGGUGACGGUCUUACCGAGAUGGUGGAUUCUCCUAUGGGUCAAAAGCUGUAUGUUUCAAGCAUAUUCCACAAAUCCUUCAUCGAAGUCAACGAAGAAGGCACAGAAGCUGCUGCUGCAUCAGCUGGUGUCAUAAAACUGAGGUCUUUACAAAUGUUCGAUAAGAUCGACUUUGUUGCAGACCGCCCAUUUCUCUUCCUUAUCAGAGAAGACAUGACCGGAGUUGUGCAGUUCAUCGGACAAGUCCAUAAUCCUCUCGCUACCUAGACAUGCCGCGUUGUAAACCUUUCUCGGAGUCUCAUAAUAAUACCUGAUCAACUGCUGACAUUACAUUUAGCCCUCUUGAUGAACUUUACAGCCUUGCCAGUUAUGUUUUCCUGUACCUGUCAAUUCUCAACACUCUUGAGUUAGUUCAAAAGCAGCAGCUAGGAUCCAGCAAUAAGUCUGUUUGAUACUGUAUGUUUAACUACCUACCAUUUGGAGUCCACAUGUAUUGCUUUAUCUUAUUCUUGUUUUUUUUAAUAUAAAGUUUAUCUUACAGGUUCUAUUA